CUAGUUGCUGUUUUACUUUGGCAUUUUUCAGUUAUUCUAUGGAUAGCGAGUGUGAUAUCAAGGACAGUGCUGCCGUUUAUUUUUCACUUUUUUUUUAAAGAAAACGUUGAAAAUUCAAGAAAAGAACUUAUUAUUUGAGUUUCGGGAAAGGAAAAUUCUGAUUGACAAGUCAUGGCGGAGCGGUAUGACAUUGCGUGUCAAGCGUGACAUGAUAAUGGAGCGGUCUGAUUGGUCAGUUCCGUUACUGAUUGGUCGUGAGGCUCAUAUCUGGCCCGACCCUUUUGUAGCUCGCAUCUCUUUUCAAUCGUCCUGUGGAAACUGCAGUAAAAUCUUUAUUUUUGAACGAAAAACGGAACAGUUACUGCGACCAGAACCCCGUUGAAUUGGACUAACCAUUGGAGUCAAAGGAGCGAAGUUUCACGAGAUUAUUCCGCUUGUGAAGUUUUAACCUUCGAGACAAAUGGUGCAGUGCUUUUCUUGUGACAGGAAACUGACGAAAACAACUUAAACAAAGGAUUUCUUAUGCUUAGCCACACAACUCUAGUCAACAAUCAACAUCACGAAAAUAUGGAACUCUCCCUUAGCAAAAAAUUAUGAAUCAUUAAUCAGUGAAUGUAUGGUCCAAGACUCGCUGUAACAGACAGCUAGCCGUGGUGUUUAAGUGAUGACAGUAUCAGUUGGUGUAACAUCUUGUACACCUCAGGCUAAGGAUCUAGAAAAAGUAGAAAAGGCUCCACACGGAGAUAACUUUGAUAAAGAAGGAGAAGACUUGAAAAAUGACAUGGCUAUAUGUAAUGGGCAAAGAACAGCUGAUUUAAACUUAUCUUCAAGAAUUGUUGAAAAUAUUGAAAAUGCAUCCAGCAAGGUUAUCUGCUCUUCUGAUGUGUACUCUGGACCCUCCAAGGAGGAUGCAGUUGUGACUAAUCAAGUGGACACCCUUGAGGUAAACAAUGUGUGUGUCAAUCCAAGUAAGACCAUGAAGCAAGGUCGUGUGGUCAGUCGUGGGAGAAGGAAAAGUGAUAACAAGGAGUACAACCAAAAGUCUCAAGGUGGUGGAAGAAAUCGUGGACGGAAGAUCUCCAAAGGCACUAGAGAUUACGAGAACAGUUCAAGCAAUGGUGGUAAUUCUGGAGCAGAUGGCAAUGGAGAGGAUAAUGGUAGUGACGAUGAUGAUGAAGAUGAUGAUGCAGAUGAAGAUGAUGACGACGAUGAUGAAGAUGAUGAUGAUGAGGCAGAGGAUGAUGACGAUGAUGAGGAUGAAGAGGAAAGUAAAAAUGAGGACGAGGAUGAUGAUAUCUCUUUAAAUGGAAAUGAAAAGAAUGGGAAGGAAACCAAAAUCAAGCAGGAGCCGUCAGAUGAUCAAGAGACAUCAAUCAAUUUGUCCCAUCAGAUGUUUCCUGCUGGACUACAAGGAUUCAUGACAGGUUUGGAUGGUAAUAUUCCAUUAGCCAAUCUUCUAGAAAAGCUGCCCAACUCAGUGUGUCAAGGAGAUGAGAACAGUUCAUCGCCUGCAGCUCCUGGUGUCCCUGUGACUCUCCAUGGGAUAGUGUGUCAUGAAAUUGGAGGAGUAUUGGUUGUUAAUAUCAAAUGGAGAAACAAAUUUUAUUGCGGCUCUCUGAUGGAUUGCUCAAGACAUGCCUGGGCCAGUCCAAGAUUUCCAGCCAUGGAUGGUGGUGAAAAUGAAAUGAAGAUGGGUGGAAAAGGUGUGAAGGGAAAGAGGAGACAGAAAAAUAGCUCAGUAUCCUCGUCUGCAGGAAAUGCCAAUAAAGAAGCCACACCUCUGAAGCACAAACUGCGUGGGCGAAAGAGGGGAGUGUCGGGCUGCCCUCCUCCAAAAUCCCAAGGGUUUAAAGGAAUGGGAAAAAGAAGGUCCAAAAAUAUGGAUGAUUAUGAUGAUGGCCCACGCCCUGGAAAGCGAAGCUGUACAAUAAAGACAACGGUAUCACCUCAACCAUCUCCCACCUUGAUUGAAUGUCCUGAACCUGGUUGUGACAAAAAGUACAAGCAUAUCAAUGGAUUGCGCUAUCAUCAAGCACAUGCACACUUGGAAGAGUCCAACCAAUCAGAUGAGAGAUCUGCAAGUACCAGUCCUUCACCUGUAGAAGAGUUCAAAGAACCUGAUACUAAGCCAGGUUUCAAAGGAAGGACGUCACGUGUCAGUGCCAGAGCAAGGAGUGUGUCUCCAUCGCUAGCUGCUGCUCUUGCUGCCAUUAACGAGAGGAAGAAUGAUGCAUCAUCCAGAGUAUCAGGUGGCAAGAAAAAGGAAAUCACUGAGCCAUGUGUGGAUUUGACAAAUGCAAAGGAAGGUAAAGAAUCCAAUUUGACCAUUCCUACAAAUGAGGAAGACAGUGCUAUGGAUGACACUUCUGUAUCAUUUGUAGAAAGCUCGGAUAAAUGUCAACAGGCUUGUGAACAUGAGAUCAGGAAGGAAAAUGAUAACCAAAAAAAUGUUGAUCAAGCCAAACACAUUGAUUCAAAGUCUGGCUUUAAGCCUGUACUAGAAGAGCAGCAAAUUGCAGUAAAGAAUUUGGAAAAGGAACAGGUUAAGGACUCUACAAACUUGACAACAUGUACAAAAACCACAGCUGAAGUACUAACAAGAGAAAUGCCAGACACUAGCACAGUUGGAAUAAAAUCUGAGCCUUCCCAGGGCAGUCAAGAGGUAUGGGAAACUGCAGUUAUUGACUGCGGAGUUAGUGGGCCAAAUGGCAGUGGAAAAUCCCAUGACAUGGAGACAAUUAGUAUAAGUCAGGUUGAGGACAUGGAGAAAGCUCUUGCUGAAAACAACUUCAGUGGCAAACAGUCUGACAACCAGCUUAGUAUUCCUGGUAUGCAGCCAGUGGAUUUGCGGCAGGCUGUUGACACUGGAGUAGGGCUUAUUAAUCAGCUAGGCAUUGAAGUUGAGGACAUCAGUGAGAAUGAAGAAGACAUUGAUCCUGGCCAAGGUAAAGGCUACUUUAUCACAAUUUAGGGUUUCUAAAUGAUGAUAGUGCAUUGUAAGUUAUGAUUGAAUGCUUACUGAAAUAAGAGAGCUAAAAAUGUAUACAGUGCUUACUGUAGAUGUUCAGCGUCAGGCCAUAUGACUACUGCAUACCAAGUAACAGUGUUAAUUUCUGAUAUCUACCUAGUACAUUGUACAUGUACUCUUCUUACAGUAGUAGGACUGAAUGUCCAAAAAGUUUUGCCAUCGUCAGAGUAACAGAUCGAACAUGAAUGCUAGUCUGCUAUGUGUGAUAUGAGGUGCAAUGUGUUGUUCCAGAAAAUAUCCAUACCCUUCCCAUGGAAUGUUUUAAGCUUGGACCCUCCCCCGCCACCCCUCUGGAAAUUCCACUUAAGUGCCAUUCUUUCCUUCAAAAAUUUGGGCUUUUGAAACCCCCCUCCCCCUUGGAAUUUCUGUUAACCUUCCU